AUGAGGGAAAUUCGUUACGAUCGGCAACUCCGUUUAUGGGGUAAUGAAGGACAAAGCUCGAUUGAAGCAGCCGCUAUAUGCAUUCUCGGUGCAGACGCUCUCGCCACUGAGAUCGGCAAAUCGCUUGUCCUCGCUGGUGUCGGAUCAAUUGUGAUUAUUGACGGAGAGUUCGUCACGGAUGAUGACUUGGGGAGCAACUUCUUCUAUGAAGAUGCACAGUUAGGCCAACAGAGGGGUCAAGCAGCAGCAAGCUUAUUGCAGGAAUUAAACCCGUCAGUAAAAGUUAGCGGCAUUGAUGCGCAAAUUACAAAACUUCAAGGACAAGACAUUUUGGCCUACGGAAAGUUCUCACUGGUGAUAGCAACAAAUCUGCUCGAGUCAAGAGCAGCUAUCCUUAGCGACGAGAUUUUUCAGGCUGGAAUUCCAUUUAUUAACUGCAGGACCUAUGGAUUGGUUGGCUACAUCAGAGUUUCUGCUGCAGAGCAUCAUAUAAUGAAUACGCGUACUGAAAAUCCACGUCCGGACUUUCGGUUGGAUGCUCCAUUUCCUGAGCUGGUGGCACUUUUUGAUGAACUCGAUUUUGGAGCGAUGGACCACGAAAAAUUCAAACAUACACCUUAUAUCUUUUUGCUUAUGCAAGCUUUAAAGAUGUUUAGAGAGAAUAAGAAAGAUCCGCAAGCGUUUCCAAAGUCAUAUGCUGAGCGGAAGCAAAUUGUGGAACUCAUAUCCAGUCUAUCCCAUAGCCAAGGACUUGAUGAAGAAAACCUUGAAGAAGCCGUGGCAGCAGUGAAUCGUUGUAUGCAUCCUACACUGAUUCCGUCUAGCGUUCAAGAGAUUUUCGAUUCUCCCAAAUGUAGUGAAAAUACCAAAACAACGGACCCUUUCUGGAUGAUUUGCUAUGCACUGAAACAAUUUGUCGAACGUCAUGGAUAUUUACCGGUAUCAGAUUCUCUGCCAGAUAUGUCAUCAGAUUCAAAAAGCUACGCUCGUCUUCUGAACGCUUUCCGGCAAAAAGCCGAACAAGAUGCGGAAGAAAUGCUCGAAUUAACAAGAGAAGUUGAGCAAACUAGGGGCACGGAAGCAUUAAUUUCGCAAGAACAGUGCCGAAAGUUUUGCAAAGGUUCAAGAUUUGUCGCUAUUCUGCGAGGAACACCAAUUAAGCAUGACAUGGAAAAUGGAUGGAAUAAAGCCGUGGAGGAAUUGUCUACAAGUCACGGUGAAGACAAUGACGUAGCUCCAAUUACAUGGUUUAUCCUACUACGAGCCGCCGAUAGAUUUAUGGAGGUUAAGAAACGGCAUCCAGGCACAAACGGUGUUCCAAUGAGUUUGGACGUUGCUUUGCUUAGCAACUGUGUUGCUGAAGUUAUUGCAGAUUCUAACGUCAAAGAAAAAACAAUAGCUGCUGGAAAUGUUCCUCGUAAAGCUAUCGAAGAAUUCUGCAGAUUCGGAUCGAGCUUUCCACAUGUUACGGCUGCACUAAUCGGUGGAAUUGUGGCGCAAGAGGCUAUUAAAUUGACGACCAAUCAGUACAUUCCGCUGAAUGAUACGCUCAUCAUCAAUCUUCAUUCACAAAAGUCAUGGACAGCGCGCUUU